CAUAUCAUGUACAGAUAUGAAAGUUGGACUGUAAAAGCUGAGCACCAAACUGAUGCUUUUGAAUUGUGGUGUUGGGGAAGAUUCUUGAGAGUCCCUUGGACUGCAAGAAGAUCCAACUAGUCCAUCCUAAAGGAAAUCAUUCCUGAGUUUUCAUUGGGAGGACUGAUGUUGAAGCUGAAACUCCAAUACUUUGGCCACCUGAUGUGAAGAACUGACUUGUUGGAAAAGACCCUGAUGCCGGGAAAGAUUGAAGGCGGGAGGAGAAAGGGAUGCAGAGGAUGAGAUGGUUGGAUGGCAUCACUGAUGUGAUGGACAUGAGUUUGAGCAAGCUCUGGGAGUUGGUGAUGGGCAGGGAAGCCUGGCCUGCUGUGGUCCACGGGGUCACAAAGAGUCAGACACGACUGAGCGGCUGGACUGAAACUGAUGGAGCACAAUGAGAGGAACGCCUGCGCGCUUCCCCGGAGACGUGGGUUUGACCCCUAACCCAGGAAGAUGCCAUGUGCCGCAACCACUGAGCCUGUGCGCUUGAGCCCAGGCGCUGCCCAAAGUAAAGACAGCAGUUACAAAGGGGCACAGCUGCAAACCCGCCUGCCGGCAAGAACCGGAAGCAGUGCCUGUAGAUUACAUGUGCUCAGGAGUGUUUCCCCAUCCCACCGCCGACCUCCCUUCUAAAGAUGAGAACAAAUGAACUGCAGAGAGCUUAAUAAUCACGCCACUAGUGAAUGGCCCAGCCGGGGUUUGAACUCAGGUCGUUGGCUCCUGAUCUGUCAGCCACCGCUUCAUUGUCUUAUGGCAGCACAGCCUUCUGUUGCCAUUUGUGUCCCUGACUCAGCAGAUGGCACCUCCGAGUCCAGGCAGCAGCGGUGGGAGCGCGGCCAGUGACCAGCUGAGCAAGACCAACCUCUACAUCCGGGGGCUGCAGCCGAGCACCACGGACCAGGAUCUGGUGAAGCUCUGUCAGGCAUACGGCAAGAUUGUCUCCACUAAGGCCAUCCUGGACAAGACCACAAACAAGUGCAAAGGCUACGGCUUUGUGGACUUUGACAGCCCUUCAGCCGCACAGAGAGCGGUAACAGCGCUGAAGGCCAGUGGUGUGCAAGCGCAGAUGGCAAAGCAACAGGAGCAGGACCCCACAAACUUAUACAUCUCCAACCUCCCGCUGUCCGUGGAUGAGCAGGAGCUGGAGGGGAUGCUGCAGCCCUUCGGCCAGGUCGUCUCCACUCGGAUCCUGCGCGACACCAGCGGGGCCAGCAGAGGGGUCGGCUUUGCUAGGAUGGAGUCCACAGAGAAGUGUGAAGCCAUCAUCACCCACUUUAAUGGAAAAUAUAUUAAGACACCCCCUGGAGUACCAGCCCCAUCUGAUCCCUUGCUUUGCAAAUUUGCUGAUGGGGGUCCAAAGAAACGACAGAGCCAAGGAAAAUUUGUGCAGAACGGACGGGCCUGGCCAAGAAAUGGAGACAUGGGCGGCAUGGCUUUGACCUAUGACCCCACCACGGCUCUUCAGAACGGGUUUUACCCCGCUCCUUACAACAUCACCCCCAGCAGGAUGCUGGCUCAGUCUGCACUGUCCCCGUAUCUUCCGUCUCCUGUGACGUCGUAUCAGAGAGUGACUCAGACAUCUCCUCUACAAGCACCUAACCCGUCUUGGAUGCACCACCCCUCAUACCUCAUGCAGCCCUCAGGUUCAGUUCUGACACCAGGAGUGGACCAUCCCAUUUCUCUCCAGCCUGCCUCCAUGGUGGGACCUCUUACCCAGCAGCUGGGCCACCUCUCUCUCAGCAGCACGGGCAUGGUAAAGCAGGAUAUUCCUCUUACAAACUCCUGCCACACAAGGAACACCUGUUACGUGCCGGCCGCUGCAGCGCUGCAGGGGGCUUACAUCUCCCAGUACACGCCGGUGCCUGCUUCCAGCGUUUCAGUUGAGGAGAGCGGCAGCCAGCAGAACCCGGCGCCGGUGGACGCGCCCGCGGAGCACGGCGUCUACCCCUUCCCGUUCAGCAAGUGACGGCGGUAAGAGGCGCAGGGCCGCGAGCCGCCGAGGUGGACCGGUUCUCACGCUGUCACCGCCCCUCCCGCCCUCUCUGGCACACGCCUCUUUUAGGGUCUCCCUCCCCGCCUUUGUGGAAUAUAAAAGAAUUCUGGGAGAUGCUGAUGCUCCGGACUGCAGAGGGCUGCCCGGGAAUACGGCCCCCGGGGGCCAGCUGAGCACGCACGCGGUGGUCGGUUCGCACAGGCCUGGGCCCAGGAAGAGAAAGCCCUGCACCCCCGCCCUGGCUCCCGUCCGCCGCCGGUGGAGCCUGGGGAGGGGCGGCCCCUGUCGUGUGCGCUGCAGCCAAGGACGUCAGGAAACUUUUUUCCUUUGUGAAGAAAGUUUGCUGUUUUGCUUUUAACUGCAAUAUACUCUUAUCCUACGCCAAAGAGACUGGUGCCUGGGACUUCUCAUCUUUGUGAAAAACCAUUUUUGAUGUGUUGGACUUAUUUGGGAAGGCUUUUUUUUUUUUUUUAUAAAAAAUUUAUUUCUAAAAAAAAAAAAGAUGUGGUGCUAGCACAUUGAUGGGGUCCUGCGUGGGCCCUUCUUUCUGAGUUUAGCAAUGGACCUUUUUUGUGGGGAGAUGUGUGAAAGAAUACAGACUUCCAAUGUUUUGUUUUAUAAAGCUCUUAGAUCACGCAUCCCAUCUCUUCUUCACAUACAUUUUAUGCCUUCUUUUUCUCAUCCAGAUUGUUCUUUUUCUCUUUUCCAUACAGCAGAACCUGCUUGCUUUAACCUCUUUACAGCUUUUAAUUUUGUGAAUUUCUUUUUUGGAUGAGACUUCCUAUGGAAUUUGGAGGGGCAGGGCUAGGAACAGGUGGAACCCUAAGUAGGCAGUGGAGGCGGCUUUUCCUGCCUCUGCCCUUCCGGAAGCAGAGCCUUGGCCUCGCCUGACCAAGGAGACGGUUCCACAGCCUUUGGAAGCCAUCUUUGAUCCACAUUGGGAUGAAGACUAGGUUUUCCCUGGCAAGUUCCAGAGGAACAGACCUACUGACUUUUGAUUCUUCUCACUGCUGAGGCCAGCACCACACCCUCUGAGAAGCUGUCUUCCCCAGCUACAGCUUUUCAGGAACACCUGGCUUUUCUGCUUUUCCCUGAAGAUCUUUCCUGCCCUGGGCCUCAGGGCCCCCGUCUUCCCUGUCGCAUGUCGUUGCCAUGCUCGGAGCCCUUGCAUUUGUGACCUUGCUGAAUCCACUUAGGUUCCUUCCCCACCGGGGACCAUCAGCUGCUUCGCCUUCAGACCAGUGACUCUCGGAGAGGUGCCUUGUCCCCUGGAGGCUGUCUGGCAGUCCCUGGAGGCCGACUUCAGGGUCGUGUCUGGGCGUGAGGCUGUGUGCCUCCAUCUACUGGCCGCAGACUCGGGGUGCUGCCGCCCAUCCUGCAGCGCCCAGGGGAGACCUGGCUUCCCACCAGAGAAUCCGCUGACUCAGGAUGUCAGUUGUGCCCGGCUAGGAGACCUCGAUGAAGGCGGUGUCGAGCCCGCCUGUGUACCAGAGGGCUUGGUCAACUCCCAGCCCUGGACACAGUGCCUUUGGACCCCCAGGCAACUAGUUGAGACAGAGAACUGAGGUUCUUGAAUUUUCCGCAGGCGCUGACCUUUGGCACCUCUGUGUAUGCAGCGAGGGCUGCCCCUGAACGGCUCGGGCCACACAUUGCACACACAUUGAGGGGAUGAGGCGGGGUGGGAAAGGACAGAGUUCUUCGUAACUGUCCAGAGCAUUUGGGCCCCUUUCCCAGGGAAUCAGGAUGUCAAACAUAGUUUUCCUUGUGGAAGGGCAGCAGGGAGCUAGGAGAGAAAAGAGCAAUACAUCCAUCUCUGUUGUCCCAAGGUCAGGAGUCCUUCACAGCGAGGCUCUGUUUCGCUCUUCAGCCCCAUCUCUUUCUGCAAGACCUGACCUGGUGCCUGCAGACGGGGCGGAGAAAGCCUUUGCCCGCCGCCUGGGAAGUAGGUCCUGUACCUCCUCUUCCCAGUUGCUCCCUUCUGCGCGGAAAGGAGAGGGCCGCCCCCCUUCACUUGCAGGCCAGGUGGUUUCCCACAGACAGACAGACAGACAGACAGACAGACAGACAGCCCGAUGACGGAAUGGAGGAGGGGAGAAGCUGUGAUGUCAGUUGUGCAGAGCCUGGGCCCAGCUUUCCCCUCCCUCACCCGGCUCAGGGUUGAGAGUCCUGAUGCCCCCGCCCCGAGUGUCCCCUUGUGCAUCCCGAGGGUGCGGGGCGGAGGCAGCAGACGGUAGGUAGGGAUGGUGGGCAACGAGGGAACUGUCAGAGACAGAAUGGGCACAGUUUUCUCACGGGUGCGUCCCACCUCAGGAAGGGUUAAUCUGGUGUCAAACAGCCCCAAGUCCAGUAACCUUCUGGGAGGGCUUGCCUGGGCAGGCAGCUCUUGUUCCAGAGUCUCUAGUCCUUAGUCAGGAAAGUACAACGUAGAUCUCGUCAGGGGCCUUGAAGAAAAAGAGAAAGGUCUAGACUCCUGUUCAUUUAAUUAAUAGUAGUUUGGGGGAACCUUGCUUUGCCAGGAGGUUUAGUGAAAUGAUUCCCUCGUGGCUCAGAGGUUAAAGCAUCUGCCUGCAAUGUGGGAGACCCAGGUUCAAUCCCCGGGUCGGGAAGAUCCCCUGGAGAAGGAAAUGCCAACCCACUCCAGUACCCUUGCCUAGAAAAUUCCGUGGAUGGAGGAGCCUGGUAGGCUACAGUCCAUGGGGUUACAGAGUUAGACACGACUGAGCGACUUCACUUAGAGAAAUGAGGGCCUUUCAUGUGUAGAAGCUGUUGUUGACAUUACUGGUGCCCCUUCUCUGCCUCUCAGAAUUCUUGGUUCUACUUUCUCUGUAUUUAAAUGUUUAAAUGGCUUUUACUUUGCAUUGUUUUGCUUUAAAAUUGUGAAGUUACCUUUUGUGUGUUUUCCUCAUGUGAACCUGCUUAAUGGAUUUUAUUAAUGAAUGUUUCUGGUUUGGGCAGGUUUGGGCGUGGGAAGUGAUGGAGUUGAGAGCCUGAAGUUAUUUUUGUAGUGGUUAAUGGUAUCAUGGAAUUUCGUUUGGACCCUUUUGAUACUUUCCCCCUAAUUGUUAGUUCAUUUCUUGACAGUUCAUGACAUGGGUGAGUGAUUGGAAAAAGGAGAGAAGGAAUGAGGGCCAGUUUCUCUGUCUCGAAAUGGCCCAGUGGGGGCAGGGGUGCUGCUGAGGAACUCUCGGGGGUCUUCAGGCUCAUAGCCUUGGGCUGGGCCCUUUAAACGAUGCUGGUGUUUUCUGAAUCCUGUCUUCAUGGAGCCCAGGUCAUACUCUGCCUGUACUUCACAUCUCACCCCUGGUCAUUAUGGUGCUCGUGACAUUCUUAAAAUAUUUUACUACUUUGCAUUUCUCUCUUUUCAGUCAGAUAGAACAUACUAGAGUCACUUUCUCAGGUGAUCUAGUCCUUUACUAGGCUUCGUGCCCGCCUGUCCCACCUCAUGCCAAUAUCAUUACUGCGCCUCUCACUCUGGAUACUCAGACCUGAGCCUUUUUGGAGGAGGGUGUGGGUCGAGGUUAGGGGAAAUGUAGAGUAUUUUUAACAAAGGAUUGGAAGAGCUGCCCAGACUAGGAAGCCUAGUGGCUCUGAAGAGGAAAUAAAUACCCCUUGUCAGGAAUCAUGGGGCAGAAGGGGGACAUUACGUGCACCCUAACCUACUGUGAGGACUAGACUGACCCUCCCUGGGUCGGGCCACCUCAGCCCAGUUCCAUCCUUCUUUUCCUGACUUACCGACCAGUGCACUCAUUUAGCCCCUGGAGCCUGCAUUGCGUAUCCCCUGCUGCUUCAGUGUCUGCCGUUUGGGGCGCCUGUUUGUGGGUGGUUAUUUUGCUCCACAAAGGUGAAGUGAGAGGGCUUGCUGGAAUGGAGUGUAAACUUAAAAAAAAAAAAAAAAAAAACCCAAAGCAGAAUGUUCUGUUGUGCACGGGCGCCACCUUCUGGGAGAGCAGCGGCGUUGCGCUGACUGGCAGGUUGUCUCGGCCUCCUUGGUCUUGACCUUGACUGGGGUCAGUCAUCAGGUCUAAACUUGUCCCGCUUCAAGGAAGAGGGUGGUAUUGUGACAGCCAGGCUGUAAGGGCUAGGUCUGACCUUGUGCCUUGCCACAUUAACCCUUCCUGAUUCCCUCCUAAACCAACUAUGCCAUUUCUGUGCUUUUGACUCCGUCCAGGCAUUAGCAGAUCCCGCCUUCACCCAGCCUUUACCCUUUCCUUUCGUAGGAGGGCCUUCCGUCAACAGCUGAGCCAGGCCUGUGAGCUCUCCCGCCCUCCUCCUCUUUGCUGAGUUCUGCGGCACCCCCUAGAGGUGCUCCCCACGAGACUAGUAAUCAGAGAGGCAGGUGCCGUCUCAGCCCUGACCACUGCGGCUGCUCCGCGGCCUGGCCCCUGCAUUUCAGAUGAACCCAGGCGUGGCCCACAACCUCCCCGUCCUCGUUACAGACCUACCUCACGGUUCCACGCUCGGCACGGGCACGGCCCGUGGUUUACACGUGUCUCCUUCCUUCACUGUCCUUCCCUUCACGAGGGUUAGGAAGCUGGGGGCUAGAAAGGGCUCACGAUCAAAUGCAAAAAUUCCUCGUUAUUUCUAUUUCUGGAAUGUCUUCUUUGAGACUUUUACCUCAUUUAUCACCCUAGAAUAGUGUGAAAUCUUCAGUUAGAUCUUGCUGUGGUAGGCCAAAUGACGACUGCUUAGGCUGUCAGUGCUUGGGGCCGCCCCCGGGAACACCAGCACUGGAGCAGUUUAUCACUUGAUUAGGUUUGCCAGUGGCUGCCACUAGCUGAGAAGGUAAGCAGGCACCAAAGUGGCCAUCUGAGGUUUUUGUGGGGCUGAAAACAGAGAUAUUCCUUCUCCUAUUCCAGUUAGAGGGUCACCAAAACAAAACGCUUUCCCAGCUUGUAAAAAGUUCUCACAACAUUUACUGGUGUCUGCAUCCCCCAACACAUACAAUUUCGGGGGUGGCGAGUGCACUCCUGCACGCACUUACCACCUUGGACAGGAAAUAAGUUUAAUUAUCCUCAAAACACAUCCUUGUACAUUUUUUCUUUAUCCAGAGGUUUCUAAUUUUAUACUCUUGCCAUGUUUGUGCCAGUGCUACCCAUUCUAAUUUUCCUGACCCUUGGUAUUCUCAUGUUUCUUCCCUAUAAUUUGGUAGAACUUUGUCUUAUUUCAACUUGUGAAAUAAAACACAAAAGUCUA